AUGGUUAGACAAGCUGCUUUGAGAACAAAGGGAUCCGGAGGCCUGUCUGGUGUCGAUGCUAACGGCUAUAGAAGAAUGUUGGCAUGUAAGUCCUUUAAGCAAUCAUCUACAAGACUGUGCGAAGCUAUAGGCAGAAUGACCAAGACUUUGUGCACACAAUAUAUUGAUCCUACCACUAUUGAAGCAUUGAUUGCUAGUCGUUUAAUUCCCCUAGACAAAGGCGAAGUUGCGGUAAGACCUAUCGGAGUAGGAGAGGUAAAAAGAAGGAUAAGUGCAAAAUGUGUUAUGAGCUUUGCAAAGAAGGACGUUGAGGAAGCAAGUAGAUCGUUACAAUUAUGCGCUGGGCAAAAGUCUGGAAGUGAGGCUGCAAUACAUGCAAUGAACACCCUGUUUGAAGCUGAUGACAUUGAUGCUGUUUUACUUAUCGAUGCUUCUAAUGCAUUCAAUGCACUCAACAGAACUGUGGCUCCGCAUAACAUCCGUGUGUUAUGUCCGAUAAUCGCUGCCUACGCUAUAAACACCUACAGCCAGCCAGCUCGGCUGUUUAUUGUUGGCGGCAAAGAGAUUGCGUCAGCAGAAGGAACCACACAAGGAGAUCCUUUGACAAUGGCCUUUUAUGCGAUAAGUACCCUGCCUUAUUCUCGAGUCUACAGGCCGCAUCUACCGUGAAGCAGUGUUGGUUCGCAGACGAUGCGAGUGGAGCUGGUCGUGUGACACAAAUCAAAGAUUGGUGGGAUGCAUUGAAUACUCUUGGUCCAAACUUGGGAUAUUUUCCGAAAGACGAGAAAUGCUGGAUUAUUGUUAAGCCCGAAAAGGAAGAAAGUGUGAGAGAAGUCUUCCAUGGAACGGAUAUCAAUGUAACAGUGCAUGGGCAGAAACAUCUGGGAGCAGCGCUAGGUUCACGAGAGUAUCUGGAGGAAUAUGUUAAUGAGAAGGUCUCUAAUUGGGUCAACGAAGUGACAGCAUUAGCCGAAUUUGCACUGUCCCAACCACAAGCGUCCUAUGCCGCAUACACAUUUGGUUUGAAACAUCGUUGGACCUACUUCCUAAGAACCCUGCCAGACAUCCAGGACCUACUAGAGCCACUCGAAAAGGCAAUAUCGCAGAUUCUCAUCCCCGCUAUCACAGAUCACCAGUGCAAUCCACUCGAUCGGGACAUUCUAGCACUUGGCCUGGGCUUGGAAAAUCCAAGUCAUGAGGCAGAACGUCAGUAUGUGUCGUCAAAAAGAGUGACAGCACCCCUUGUUGAUCAGAUUGUAGCGCAGUUACAUCAGCUACCCGACGAGUGGCAUAUAAAAUCAGCGCAACAAGCCGUUAGAAAAGAAAGAGUGCAAGAGUGGGAGGAGAGGGCUGAACGUAUUAGAGAGAGUGCACCACCAAGAAUUUAG